AUGAAGAAAAGGCUGGAAACAAUUAUACCGAAGAUUGAAUCGGCAGCAGGUCUUUAUCGGCAGCUUUUGAUUCAUAUUGGUUUUUUUUUUGAUGAGCCAUCCAGAAUUUACAUGAAAAGACAUAUACGUUCACGGUUUGAGGCAAACAGGGGGCAGAAAAGUUCAAUAAGGAUUAAAAAAGCGUUUCGAGAUGGCCAUAAGGCAUUAGUGACUCUGAAGAAAGCAAUAGCAGGGGAUAUUCGAUCAUGUGAGAAGAUCUUAGAGUUGACAUAUGGUCGGCGUGGCAAAAGAAAGCACGAAUUGCUACAUCCAUUCUUGACGUCUUUACGAACAGGUGCACCAAUUGUUGCAGGGCUGCCGCGUACUAGGCUUCCUGUUCUAUCAUUGCCAUUUAAAGCACUUAUUGAGUCCCAAAUGCCGGGCCGGACUGUCUUUUUAGAGGAUAAUGCUGCUUUGGAUCGGAGACGAUAUGCUAAUCUUUGUUGGAGAAAAUUUGCAGCUAUUUAUCUCAAAAUUCUACCGCCAUUGCCUAUGAAAGAGAUCAAGUUACUUGAAGGACUUAGUAGAGGCGAAAAGGUUGGAUCAGUGGGACAGUCUUUUCGAAAGUUGCGUUCAGAACCUCCAAGUUCAACUGACCCUCACUAUAUAACACCGAGAUUUCGGAGGAGACUAUACCAAAGGCUUCUUAUGAAAUGCCCUUCACUUUCUUGGGGUCACAAUCAAGGAUGGACUGUAAAAUGGUCAAAAGACGCACCAAGUAAAAACAUGAGAGCUAACUUGAUCCAUGAAGAGAUGUUUUUGAGCGAAAAAAAAAAUACGAAGGCUAGUUCAUGA